UUGGGAACCGACUGUGAGUAAGUAGGAGGGGUCAUCUACUCUCUAUAAAAAGAAACCUCUCAUCUCUCAAUAGCUCACAAAAGCAAACAACGAGAAAGAGAACAACAACAACAACAAGAAAACAUCGAUUUUUAAUCAAAGAAAAGAAAGAAGAAGCGAUAUGGGUCUCUCUAAGGCACGCAAUCCACUCUUAGUCCUCGUGAUCACUGCUUACCUCUUUUCCGGGACUGCUCAUGCAUGGAGCUGGAGCUGGGGUUCUGGCCAAUCCGGUUCUAACUGGGGAUGGGGUUGGGGCUCUGACGAUAACUCUGGCUCGGGUUCAGGUGGUGGUUCAAGCUGGGGUUGGGGAUGGAGCUCGAACGGAACAGAUACAAACUGGGGUUGGGGAAGCAGCUCUGGCUCAAGUGGCACCGGGUCUACACAUAAAAGCUACCACAACCACACGGCCCCAUCAAACCACUCGAACGGCAGUGGUAGUAUUGGCUCUACACACAACAACCACACGGCUCAAGUAUCGCCUAGAAGAAAGAUUGAGGUUAGUGUGUGGAAGAACGGAUUCGAUUACCAAGAAUGGGCUUCAAAGCAUGCACCCUUCCACACCAACGAUGUCCUUUCUUUCAAGUACAACGAUAAAAGUCAAUCCAAGACGAAGAAGCACAACAACAAGAACGAUGUCUACUUGCUUCCAGACUUGAAGAGCUACAAGAGAUGCGAUGUGAGCAGAGGCAAGAAGCUAGUCGCAAGAGGAGGCUCAUCAUUAGGGUUUAAGUUGCUUCUCCGCAAGACUCCUGAGACCUACUACUUCGCUAGUGGAGACCACAAUGGCUGCAACCACAGCAUGAAGUUCUCUGUCUCCCCGAUUCCUCGUUCUUCUUCACACACUAAACCCUAAAUAUCACUUCACUACUUUGUUUCCUUGUUAGAUUCUGUUUGGUUUAUAUUUUUUUAAUUUGUUUCUUGUGCUUCAUGUCAACGAUGGAUUGAUUUAUUACAAAUUUAUUUGGAGAUAAUAAUGAUUUAUUAUAAUUUUAAUACACACACAAAAGAGGAUCAACGUAUAUAUAUAGUUACAUAUCGACUAAUAAAAAAUCUCAUCCUUUUGCGGCUUAAGCACACAAAUGUUAAAAGUUUCAAACUGUUUAAAUUCAUCACUUGACAAAACACUAAUCUUUCUAAGCUUCUUGCUGGAUUGCACGUCUGAGCCUAAGUCUAGUAUUAGCAUCUUCCUAACGCCCUGUCAAGACACCACCAUCCCCUGCAUCCUCACUGCUUUGGUUUUGGUGAGCCAAAACAGCUUCCCCAAAGUUAUGGAGCCUCCGACCAAUGAGGUAACGGUCGUCCCGGAUGGAGUUGUGAAGGUUUCUGAACCAAACAUGGCAUCUAUUUGCACAGAAGCAGACGAGACUCACCGAGAGACAACCUAUCCAAGCAUAUCUGUAGACGGCCGAGUUCACAACCAGUGGAUAUCCUAGCAUCGGGAACACUCCUCUUGCCAGAACAUAAGGCACACAUAAUGCUGUCAGAAGUUUCAUCACGAUUGGGAAUAAAAUUUCUCUAAAUACCCAUAACCCUUGAAGCCUUGAGAAUCUAUCUCCUUCUACUCUCUCAAACUUUGCUUUCCAACUAUCAUCCAGCAAUAUUAUCUGUCCAUUGUUGUCAUUUUUAGUGACAUGCUACGUUUGUCCCCCCAAAAAAGUGACAUGCUACAUAUUCUUUAUGCGAUACAAAAAAAAAAAGAGUACUAACCAAUGUUGACCAGAUUUUCAAAACGAUGAGCCCAAGAGGCCAGUCUUGAUACAGGAGGAAGACAGGGCUUUCAUCUACCGGGACUCUCAUUGGGACAAUCACCAAAAGCUCAAACACAAGUCCUAUUAGUACCGGAAUGACAAAAACCUGUUCAGGAAACCAUUUUCUAAUACACAACAUCAAAUGAGUUUUGUAGUAUUUUAAAAUUCUGAAAAGAAAAAAACAAUUCACUUACCCAUAUGGCUAACAGCACCGAGCUCUUGAAAACAAUCUCACACCAUUUCCAUAUUUCCUUUCUUGAAGUUCUUUUUGACUUGACAUGCUCGAUAGUAUACAUGGCCCCAGAUAUGGUAGUCCAAAAGGCAUAUGUGCCAAUGACGUAAGCAUACAGGUCUACAGAUUUAAGAGGAUAUCAUAUUAAAAUUGUCUAUCCCUUUACAAUAAAGAAGCACUAGAUCGAAUGUAACACACAUUACCAUUGUACUUGAUGAUGCCAUGCGUUAUAGGGAGAGUUGGUAUGGCAUUAAAUAGAGCACGUCCUACAGAAACUGGUACAACUAUCAAUGUCGUAUUGAAGAGAAGAAGAGUAAUCCAUGCAGCAAGUAGAAGAAGGACUAUCCGGAGCACAAAGUUGUACCUCCUGAAAUAUUUGGUUCAUUUCAGGGUAAGGCCUAAUGAAAAAUUUGAAGCUUGUUUCUUAAGUAACAACUUACUCUGAAUCAGAUUGUCCUCUGUUCUGCCUUCCUGGUUCGCCAUUUCCAUUGUCCUGGCCAACGUUGUCCUCCGGUCUUGGUAAGAGGAAGUCUGUCAAACCAAGCGCCCAGCCAACACAGGUGAACCAGAAGCGUACAAGGGACUCAACAGCGGUCCAGAGUCUAAAGUGCUCGAUGAUAAACUGUGUGCAUAUGGUGAACAGGAGCAUGCCAGCAGGGAUCUCAGUGAAUGGGUCGGAUACACUGUGUAGAUGCACAACUUAUUAAACACACUAAAUGUCAAAAAAAAAAAAAAGAAACAAGAUUCAAU